AUGCUUCCCCGCUUGGAUAUUACUGGGCUUCGGAAUGGCAAGGCAUAUAAUUUAAUGGAGCCUGUCAAAGGCGUGGUGCAUGUGAGACCUGGAGGCAGAGCGCCUGUGGUCUUCAAGGUCACAGUAAUCCUUGAAGGAGUGAUACGGACGUCUCUGAUUGAGAAGGGGCCUACGUUCAUUCUAGGGAAUGACAUGCCGUCAGUAGCAAGUGAGGAUCACCAGCUCUUCAAGCUUUCAAAGGUUUUUUUCCACGACCAAAAUGCGUUUUCGAGUACCUUCCAGUAUACCCCGUUUGACGGUGAAUAUGUCAUUCCUUUCGAGAUGUACUUUCCACGACAGACUCAGUGCGCUAAAAACCCUGGCGAGCCCACGCACAGGCGGGUUACGCUGCCCCCGUCAUUCGACGCGCGUACAACGAAAUCUGGGGCGGCUGCCAGAGUCGAAUAUACUAUCAGAAUAGAUGUCAAGGGAUCUGAAGGGGAUACCUCGUUCAAGCGAGCGGUCAUGCUAUCGGUUGCUGAACCCCCUCUGCACCUGGCUCUGAUGUCCGAGAGAGCAUCCCAUUCAACGCUGGGAGCCCUUGACCUUGACUGGAUUGUUAGGGAAGUGAAGAUGCCUCAUUUGUAUCUCCCAUACAUGCCCCCCACGCUGUCACUCGAAGCAAGACUUCCUUCUCCGAUUCUCAGAAUAGGACAACGCCUUCCAUUGCAGCUGUUUGUGCGAAGCCCUCUUCUACAAGACGAAGCCUUCCUUUUACUAAAGCUAUCGAGUUUGAGAAUCAGCCUUGAAAGUAGGACGAAUAUCAUGGCCAAAGCUCGGCACAAGUCAUGGACAACCUCAACAGACCUCCUGAAUCUGAAAAGCCUCAGCAAACCUGUCAGUUGCCUUGCUGGGCAUGAAGCGCUGUCCAAUAUAAACGAGACCAUUUCACAUCGCGUAUCCAUUCCAGAUGUUGCGCCGAGUUUCGCAUCGUGUACUGUGCAGCGUACGUACUCACUCGCAGUCGAUGCCAGAUUUUCGUUUCGCAAAGUCAGCAAAGCACAGGUCCGGAAUACAAGAUCAAAAGCGUUAUCCCAUCCUCCAAUUUUCACAGUUGGCCAUGGAACACGCACGCUCGACGAUUUGAUCCAGCUCCUUGAAGUAGCAAGCGUCACCAAGCUUGUCGAUGUCCGGUCUAUCCCAAGAUCUUUCACAAAUCCCCAGUUCAACCGCGACACCCUCCAGGAGUCUUCAGAGUUGCGCAGUGCCCGUAUUGAAUACGCCUGGUUUGGUGCAUCACUAGGUGGUCGUCGCAACGCCAAACAGCCAACCCUUGAGCAGCACACAGCGAUACGCGUUGCAGCGUUCCGAAACUAUGCAGGGUAUAUGAGUACGCCGUCAUUCAAAGAGGGCCUAGCCGGACUGCAGCACCUGGCAGACGAACUGCAUAGUUACAGGGAGAGCCAUGUAGCCAUCAUGUGCAGCGAGACGUUGUGGUGGCGAUGCCAUCGUCGCAUGGUUUCCGACGCCCUGGUAGUGGAGGGCUGGAAUGUCCAGCACCUGGGAGUUGGCAAAAAGACCAUGGAGCAUACGCUGUGGGAUAUCGCAAGGAUUCAUGAAGGGAACCUCAUAUAUGACGGAAGGGAGCACCUGCACACAAAAAAGAGGAAAACCCUGCCAGGAGAGCCAGCCGCCAGUCAGAAAUGA